AUGCCAGUACAGCAGAUAACGGUGGUGCCGGCCAAGGAGACGGCCAGCAACGGCAAGAGCGCUCCUCGCUCCAAAGACAAGACCGAGGUGAGGCGUGGGGAAAUAUUGAAUGUGAAAGCUCCCGGGCGAUCAGGGAGUCGAUCCAGCAACAUCUCCAAGGCCAGCAACUCUACAACAGGAGUCACCACAGCCUCCAAGACGUCCAUCAGCCCGUCUUCUCAGGACAUAUGCAGGAUCUGCCACUGCGAGGGGGAUGAGGAGUUCCCUUUGAUCAUGCCCUGCCGCUGCACAGGCAGCCUGAGCUUCGUCCACCGGGCGUGUCUCAACCAGUGGAUCAAAUCCUCCGACACUCGCUGCUGUGAACUCUGCAAGUUUGACUUCAUCAUGGAGACGUCGCUCAAGCCGCUAAGCAAGUGGGAGAAGCUACAGAUGACGACGGGCGAGCGGAGAAAGAUCUUCUGCUCGGUGCUGUUUCACCUGAUAGCGAUAACGUGCAUGUUGUGGUCAGUCUACAUACUGGUCAAGAGAACCGCUGAGGAGAUCCGACUCGGGAAGGACGGUGUGCUGGAGUGGCCCUUCUGGACCAAGCUUAUCGUUGUAGCGAUCGGCUUCACCGGCGGCCUCAUCUUCAUGUACAUUCAGUGCAAGGUCUACCUGCAGCUGUGGCGCCGCCUCAAGGCCUUCAACCGCAUCAUCACCGUGCAGAACUGCCCCGAGAAGGACCAGCACCACCCGCAGGGCCACGCCGGCGCCCUCUUCAACGGCGGGCACGAAACCGUGGAGGUCCCGGUCAGCCCGGCCCCCGUCCCGACUCUGCCUUCACAGGUGGACUCGGACAUGUCGGUGGAGGCGGCUCUGGCACCGGCACACAACCCCGUCUGA